AUGCUGGCCGCUAGAGGUGUUUCACUUGGACUCGGGAAGAUUAAUCUUUCUGAAUUCGGUCAUCUCAGAAACGAUAGGCUCAGAGUCUCACAACUGAGACGGACGGGACAAGCAGAAAAGCCACCAAAAAUCACUAUCAAGAAAAAAACCGAUGCCAAGAUCCAGUCAGUUCCUGCUGACGUUAUCCGCCUAGAGGAUAUUCAGAAGGCUUUAAUGAAAUGGGUUUUGAGCACCGGAAUCGAGAGUGCACUCGAGAAUCACCUGUUUUGCAGCGCUGCGAGGAUUUAA